UUAGAGCCCUGUAGACAUGACAAAACACGACUAUAGUCACAUUUAUACUCUUUUUAUUUACUUACGCGGACCGCACUAACAUUAAACUUUCAUUUUUUAAACUUUUAUUUACAACAUAUUGCGCAACUGCAGGGUCUUGAGACACAUGCUAACUCGCAAACUAGAGAGCUAGCGACCUAAACGGUAGCCUUCAAGUUAUUUCCUUUAAACUUAAAUAGCCAAAAACUUACCACUUCCACACGGAUAGGGAGGAUAACUAUUAACAGUUAUUUAACCUUUAACAUGAACAUUAAUCAAACGUAAUAAUUUUUUCUGGGUACAUGAUACCAUACAGCAUCCAUAUCAAACUUGCGCGGGCCGCACUAACAAUAAACUUUCAUAUCAAACUAGUGUCCUGCGGGCCACAUUUGGACCGCGGGCCGCGUGUUUGAGACCCCUGUUCUAAGCAGUCUUUUCUAGUGGAAUCCUUCCCCGUGCUCAUCACUUACUUCCCCACAGUUGCACGGAAAGAAAUCUAGAUGUAAAAAAAAAAAGUAUCUUUAGUGAUUACUAGGCUUUGUAGGACUUUGCACCAGCUGCUUAUAAUGAUCUGCUUUCUUGUUUCCUAGAAACUCUGAUACAAAGGUUAAUUUCUGCUACCGUUUGGGAAAUUUCUCUACAUACAUGCAUUUUGUCCACUUCCAAGAGUGAUUUUUUUUGCAAAUAAAAACAAAACAUUUUACGUCAAAACUCCAGACAUUUAAACAUGUAUUGGAAUGUGCAGAUAGGCUUCAGAUAGAACCAGUUGCUUAUAGACACACUGAAUCUUCUGAUAAAUUACCAUUUUCGCCUUAUUUUGGUGAUUCUGAUAUAAAUCUCGUUCAAUUUUUUUUAAGACUGCAACAAUGGCGAACCUUGUGUCCAAAACACGCUUUUAUUUUGGAGGGCGGAGUCGCUCAAAAGACUUCCUGUCCCUUGUCACGUGGCCCCGCCCUUGCCUAACGACGAGAAAGCGUCGCUCCUCCGUCUCCACGGAGAGAGCUCGUAACGUCACGCUGGUAUGAUUUUCCCACGGACCCAGAACAACUUUUAAGUGCUAUGACAGCCCGCUGGAAGUCAUUCGGGGAUGUUCGACACCCGACUCGACCGAGUUUGUGCGCGGAGCGAGCUUGACGUGAGCGGUAAAGAUUAGUUAGCAUGCUAGGCAGCUAGCCGCACACAUUAGCCUCAGCAUCGCUGUGGGAGAACUCCUGACUGGACUGCAGGGUCCAAGGCAGGCAUGGGAAAGCUCCAGAGCAAAUUCCGCAAGCGGUCCGAGUUGUACAGGGCCUCUCAGGAGGGAACGGCAGACACUACAUCAGACAGUCAGGUGGUGCAGUACGAGCCCGCUCAUCAUGGCUCCAUCAACACUGUCGCCAACCUGAGCCCAGAUCUGUGUGUCUCUGGUGGGACCGACCAGGCAGUGGUGGUGUAUGACUGGAAACAAGGCCACGUGUGUCAGUCCUUCCAGGGUCACAACAGAGAGGUUACCAAGGUGGUGUGUUAUCCGGGUAGUACGUGGAUCUUCAGUGCCUCGCGGGACAAGACUGUGCUCAUGUGGGACUUGAACCAGGGAGACGAGCCUAUUCAGGAAUUCAGCGGGCAUGAGUUGGUGGUCAAUGGACUGGCUGUCAGCCCUGACGGGCGAAAACUGUGCACGGGCUCACGAGACAACUGGAUGUGCCUGUGGGACAUUGAAUCUGCAAAAUGCGAACAGAGACACAACAUUUCCAGGAACCUGGUGACUCACGUGUGCUGGGUGCCAGAGAGCUCCUCAGUAGUCCAGACCUCAGAGGAUAAGACCAUACGGGUGUGGGACAGCCGCUCGUGGAAGGUGAUGAACACCUUUCCGGCCAAGCAGUACAUCCAGACACACUGUGACGUUUCUCCCAAUGGAAACUACCUGGUGUCCAGCAGCAACGGCUUCGGGGGCCAAGGCUGUGAAGCCACGCUCUGGGACCUGCGUCAACCGGGCUGUAAGGUGGUGGAAUACCGAGGCCACCUGCAGACCACAGCGUGCUGCGUCUUCCUGCCCACGCCUCCAGGGGGCACCGCUCUGGUAGCGACGUCCUCCCACGACAGCUCCAUCAAAGUCUGGGACCAGAAGUCAGCAGUCUGCUUAGGGACGCUGUCGCUGGACGGCGCUGGUCCUCUGGUGUCUUUGGCGCCCAGCGACUCGUCCAAUGUGCUGUGUGCCAGCUUCAACAGCGGACUCCAUCACAUCCAGGUCAUGCACGGAUCAAACCACGUUCAGGGUUCCGGGGCAGGUGGAGCGAGUGACUUGGACAUUAGGGUGGUGUCAUGCUUCUGACAGCCUCAUGUCUUUUUCUACAAGCUAUUUUUUUAAUGACCAGAAACUGUUGGACUGAAGAGGAUUGGUUCUUUCCUUAGCCAGGUGGACCCAAGUUCUGUUGCUAGGUGCAAAGAUGGACUACUCCCUCACAGCCUGUAGCAGCUGCAUGAACGUCGACUAUGUGAAGCACACCAUCACCAAAGGAAGGUGUACUUGGAUAUAUUCUCAGGAGGUAACAUACAUAUUUUUGAAACUGCCAAAUAGAAAGUUAUAGUUUUGUAGAAUAAUAAUAUGUAGCAUUGCUGUAGCUUUUUUAGUAUGAAAUGCGUCAUCAUUCAUUUUUUAGGUCAAAUAUUGUUAAACUGAACAAAUAGACCAUAAACAACAACAAAAAUAAAGCAGCUCUGUGACAUAAUAUACCGCAAAUAUGUUUUACAUCAGACAGGAGCAAUAUUAUGAAUGUAUACCAAGGAAUUACAGUACUUGGACACAUGGCCCCCAUGUACUUAUAUGAAUGUACACAGUCCUUAUAGAGAUUGAGGUAACAUUUGAGGUGUCCUGGCUGGUCCACAUUAACGCUUAGAUGCAUUUUUCAUCAUUUCAUAUGUCAAAAACAUGUUUUUGCGAUCAUACCAUUCACAUUUUUAACUUACCUUUUAUAAAUUUUAAGAAAUUUUAGUUUUUGUGUUACUAUCCCAACCUUCGAUAAGUGGGUCAAAAAUGACCCGGUCAGGUUGUUUUCUUGAAAUAUCUUCAUAAUGAAAAUUUGUCAUCAUUUCAUAUUCCAGGUAUUCCUCAAAAAACAUGUUUUUAAUAUCAUACCAUUCACAUUUUUAACUUACCUUUUAUAAAUUUUAGUUUUUGUGUUACUACCCCAACCUUCUAUAAGUGGGUCAAAAAUGACCUGGUCAGGUUGUUUUCUUGAAAUAUCUUUGUAAUGAAAAUUUUUCAUCAUUUCAUAUUCCAGGUAUUCCUCAAAAAACACGUUUUUGCGAUCAUGCCAUUCACAUUUUUAACUUACCUUUUAUAAAUUUUAAGAAAUUUCAGUUUUUGUGUUACUAUCCCAACCUUCCAUAAGUGGGUCAAAAAUGACCCGGUCAGGUUGCUUUCUUGAAAUAUCUUCAUAAUGAAAAUUUUUCAUCAUUUCAUAUUCCAGGUAUUCCUCAAAAAACAUGUUUUUGCGAUCAUACCAUUCACAUUUUUAACUUACCUUUUAUACAUUUUAAGAAAUGUUAGUUUUUGUGUUACUACCCCAACCUUCCAUAAGUGCGUCAAAAAUGACCCGGUCAGGUUUUUUCUUGAAAUAUCUUCAUAAUGAACAUUUUUCAUCAUUUCAUAUUCUAGGUAUUCCUCAAAAAACAUGUUUUUGCGAUCAUACCAUUCACAUUUUUAACUUACCUUUUUUAAAUUUUUAAGAAAUUUUAGUUUUUGUGUUACUACCCCAACCUUCCAUAAGUGGGUCAAAAAUGACCCGGUCAGGUUGUUUUCUUGAAAUAUCUUCGUAAUGAAAAUUUUUCAUCAUUUCAUAUUCCAGGUAUUCCUCAAAAGAUAUGUUUUUGCGAUCAUACCGUUCACAUUUUUAACUUACCUUUUAUAAAUUUUAAGAAAUUUUAGUUUUUGUGUUACUACCCCAACCUUCCAUAAGUGGGUCAUAAAUGACCCGGUCAGGUUGUUUUCUUGAAAUAUCUUCAUAAUGAAAAUUUUUCAUCAUUUCAUAUUCCAGGUAUUCCUCAAAAAACAUGUUUUUAAUAUCAUACCAUUCACAUUUUUAACUUACCUUUUAUAAAUUUUAAUACAUUUUAGUUUUUGUGUUACUACCCCAACCUUCCAUAAGUGGGUCAAAAAUGACCAGCAUGCAUUUUCUAUGGAAUCCAAAUAGGAACCUUUGAUUUUUAUCACCUUUGGCUGUCAGGAAUAAAUUAACUGUAGAUCACGUGUCACCCCUCAGGAAGAUUAUUUUACACAUAGUGCUAAUACAAGUAUUAUCUUCAUAUAAUAUUGUGUAUGUGUCUUUCAUGACUGUUAGUGUUAUCAACAAAUUAGCCUACUUUAUAAAUAGCUGGCUAACAUUACUGUAUGUAUUGUUGGGCAUUACUCUUUUGUUUACAGAUGCUGGAUGAAAACAUUCUUGUGUGGUCCUAAAUAUAAUACUAAAUAUCAUACAAGUGAUUAUUCCUAACCAAAAUGGCAAAAUUGGCAUAAAAACGCAUUGAUUCUAGUACGGGUCAUUUUUGACCCACUUAUGGAAGAGUGUGGGGUCCAGUCACUUGUGCAUUUAAGGGUUAAUAAUAUAGACCACUGAAGGACAGUAGGGGAUUCAGACUCUUUCCACACUCUGGAAUGUUUCACCUUCAUAAAGUAUUUACAUUGUGUACUACUCUAUACUGUAUAGUAUCACAAUUAUUAUGAACGGUGUCUUGUGAAAUCCCAAUGUAGUGCAUUAGCACUACCUGGUGGGGAAGCUGGUGAAUUACAGCAACAAUGUACAUUUAAAUACACACAUUGUAUUCCACAUACAAUCUCUGCAACAGUCCGUAUUUAAUAACACACGGGAGAUUUCAUCCUUUUUGGGUAUUUUAAUUCACUGAAAUAAGAUAAUUAAUUCAGAUUUGGACACACGGAAACAGAAGCUCUGAUUGGCUACCAACAUGUUUGCAUAUAAACGCACACACGCAAACACACACAAAUCACAUUUGUUCAAUUUUCCACAUAUGCUAUCUUAAGUAAACAAUUUGGAAAACAAGUUUUGCAUUUUAACUGAUAGAAUAAAAAAAUGAUUCAAGUUGGCACAUUAAACAGGAAAAAAGGCUAAAUAUGACAUCAGGAUAAGGAUUUCUGAUGAAUAAAUAACGUUCAAGUGGAUUUGCCAGCAAGUUAUCUUAUCUAUACGGCUUAAAGUUUCCCCAACACUGUUGAAGACUUAAAAAAAAAAAAAAAAAAACAUUAAAAAAUGCACACAACCUUAUGUAAAAGUGAACCUUUCACAGUGUAACACUACUCAUUAAUGCAUGUCUCCACAAAUCGGGUUUAAAAAGGUUCUUUCUCAUAAAGUCACCUUACUCUAUAUAAAAAAACACCACAUGCUGCUGUUAAAGAGUACUAAAACAUGCACUUGCAACAGAAAUAAGAGCUUCAACACCUUCUUUCCCACAAAUGACAUUUUUUACAGUUCUUCCUUCAUAUCAGCGAAGCUAAGAGACCCAAACAGAGUAUUGCAUUACAUUAUAAUAGUUCAGUACUUAGUGCAAUAAACUGCUGACUCUAAAUGCAUGACCUCCACCCCCGUCUUAAUGAUGAAUUAUCGGAACUGGACUUGAAUCUCAUAAUUUUAAAUCCUAUCGCUCAAAUGAAUGAACACAGGAGUGUGUAAAUAGUUGCUUCUUUGGCCUCGGUGGAGGUCUUAUUCCUCAAUAUUUGGGUGAUGUGGACAAAACGGUGCAUCAAAAGUCCAGAAUAUCUCAAAGUGAAUGUCAUUAGUGAAAAACAGGGACAGAAAUACAAAGGAAACCCCACUGAUGCUGAAACAAAGUUGCUCUAACGGGCAUUGAAAGCAACUUUAGAGACACUGAUGGGGAAAGUUAUUGGGAAUUGAACGUGUAUUGUCCGAUUAUGUCCCUGAGAUUACUGUCUUAAUACAAUGCUGAGAUGGAAGAGGUGAUGCAAUAUAUUACACUGUUCACUAUGUGGACUGAACUACUGAAGACACACACCCUCAUUCUCCACUCACUGGUGGGUUGCGGUCUUGUAAUAAUGACCCAAUGUCCGUGAAUGCACCUUGUAUUCUUGUCUUGCUAUUUGCUUGCUAAGCCUCCAUGGAGGUGUCUGCCAUGUUUAUGGCUUGAGUGGGAAGGGAAGAACAUGGACUGGGGAUUUGCUGCAGAUAUCUUCUGUAGAAGAGCGUAGAACAUAUUUGAGAAGUUUGAGUUGAAAAACUUUUGCAAUUUGAGGGGCGAUGGUGGGUCCCGCAGCCAAACUAGUUGAGAACCACUGCUCUAAAUCCAAUAAUCCAUCAAUUAUAAUGGCAUAUUUCCUCCUACAAAGUGGUCCAAUUUACCUCCAAUUUCCUGCCGGUGAUGUGUCCCAAUAUUUUAGCCCACAUAGGUACAGGUGAAGCACACCCAGAGGGUCCUAGGGUUAAAACUACUACUGCUACUGCUAACACUACAGGACAAGAUACAGGAAUGACAACACAAUAAAUAAAAACAGUACUAUCACCAACAAUCAAUGUACUUAUUGGCCGUGGUAUUUGUACACUCUGUAGUACAUGUCACC